UUUUUUUAUCAAAAUUCUCGAUUGCAUCUAUGAUUAAUUUAAAUAAUCGAGCGUGUGGUUUGUUUGGUUAAUUCUGUAUUUGGGUGUGAAAUUUUCUUACGAAGUUUUUUGAUUAAUUAGAAAUGGCACUUCAUGUACCGAAAGCCCCGGGUGUAGCCCAGAUGCUUAAAGAAGGAUCCAGAUACUUCUCAGGUCUGGACGAAGCGGUGUACCGCAACAUCGGGGCCUGCAAGCAGUUUGCCCAGACGAUCCGAACCGCUUACGGCCCGAACGGUAUGAACAAGAUGGUGAUCAACCACAUUGAGAAGUUGUUCGUGACGAACGACGCGGCCACGAUCAUCCGCGAGCUGGACGUGGAACACCCGGCCGCGAAGCUCAUGAUCCUGGCGUCGGAGAUGCAGGAGCAGGAGAUAGGGGACGGCACCAACUUCGUCAUCAUCUUCGCCGGCGCGCUGCUGGAAGCUGCCGAGGACUUGCUGAGAAUGGGCUUAACUUCUUCAGAAAUUGUGGAGGGUUACGAGCUUGCUUUGGACAAAGCUGUAGAAAUCUUGCCAACGCUAACCUGCUAUGAAGUGAAAGACUAUCGCAACCUGGAUGAAGUCGUGAAAGUGAUCAAGACAUCAAUAAUGAGCAAACAGUACGGCAAUGAAGAUUUCAUUGCUACACUUGUUGCGAAAGCUUGUGUUUCCAUUCUUCCAGAGAAGGCCACAUUCAAUGUAGAUAAUGUUCGAGUUUGUAAAAUCUUGGGCGGAGGACUGCAGUCCUCGGAGGUGGUGCAGGGGAUGGUGUUCAAGCGGCAGGUGGAGGGCGAUGUCACCAAGAAGGAGAAGGUGAAGAUAGCCGUGUUCAGCUGUGCUGUUGACACCAUGCAGACCGAGACUAAGGGCACGGUGCUGAUCAAGAGCGCGGACGAGCUGCGGGGCUUCAGCCGCGGGGAGGAGAGCCUGCUGGAGCAGCAGAUCAAGGCCGUGGCGGACGCUGGCGUGGGCGUCGUCUGCGCCGGAGCCAAGUUCGGAGACAUGGCGCUGCACUACGUCAACAAGUACGGCAUGAUGGCCGUCAAGCUGAACAGCAAGUGGGACGUGCGCCGUCUCUGCCGGACCGUGGGGGCCAUUGCUCUGCCCCGCCUGACUGCACCGACCAAGGAGGAGCUGGGAUACGCGGACGUGGUGUACGUGGACGAGCUGGGCGACACCCCGGUGGUCGUGUUCCGCUUGGAGGGCAAGGAGUCUCGCGUCGCCACCAUCGUCAUUCGAGGCUCCACCGACAACUACAUGGACGACAUUGAGCGGGCGAUAGACGACGGUGUCAACACUUUCAAGGGCCUCACGAAGGACGGCAGGUUCGUUCCUGGAGCUGGGGCCACGGAGAUCGAGCUGUCGCGGCAGGUAGCUUCGUACGGAGAGACAUGUCCCGGCCUCGAGCAGUACGCCAUCAAGAAGUUUGCAACUGCCCUGGAGACCUUCCCCAAGACGCUGGCAGAGAACUCUGGCGUGAAGGGAGCGGAAGUGGUGUCGAAACUGCUGGCGGCCCACGAGGAAGGCAGCAAGACCAUGGGUUUCGACGUUGAGGCGGACGCAGCUGUCAUCAAGGACGUGGUCCCGGCCGGUAUACUCGACCUGUACGUGACCAAGCUGUGGGCGCUCAAGUACGCCACCAACGCCGCCUGCACCAUCCUCAAGGUGGACCAGAUCAUCAUGGCCAAGCGUGCCGGCGGCCCCAAGGCCCAGGCGCCCAAGGCACAGGACGACGACUAGGCCACCGUCCUCUCCCGUGCUUGUGCUGCUAGCUUUAUCUGCACUAAUGUUUCGCUACUAAGAGAUCACUAAAUGUGCUACGUUGUUGUGUGUUCCGAGGACGUUCCAGUCGGCCACAAUAUUGAACUCACAUUGUAACAUGAUAAUGUUGUGUAAUUGGUGCACCAUCUCAAGUGCUGUUAAUAUUGUAUUAAUAUGAUCAAAAUUAAAAUGGUAAUAAUUA